CCAGCCCCGGCAGCUCCACCUGCCCCCCGCGGAGAUGGCGUCCCUCGGCUUAGGGGGGCUUAAUGUCUCCGCCCGUAGGAAGAGCGUCCCGGCUCGCAACGCCGCGGUGGAAAGGAGGAACUUGAUCACGGUCUGCAGUCCCCAAGUGGUUCCACAUAGGAGCCAGGAGCAUAGGCUUUCUUUUCUGGGAGGCCAUACACUGGAAACAACAUGUGAGGCAUCUGCCAUGAUUGAGUGAAAUUGCUCACUUGAUGCUUACAGGGUAACCUUUUUUUGAAGGCAUCAAUAACUUCUACAUACCUUAAAUCCUUUUUCCAGUCUGUUUUCAGUCAAGACUCUGAUUGACCGUUCCUGUUUUGAGACUAUAGAUGAUACUUCCCCUGAAUUUAAUAAUUUUGCAGCCAUUCUGGAACAGAUUCUAAGUCAUCGACUGAAAGGUCAGAUCACCUGGUUCGGCUAUGAAAGUCCUCGUAGUUUCUGGGACUACAUUCGAGUAGCUUGCCGAAAAGUCUCUCACAAUUGCAUCUGCAGUAUUGAGAACAUGGAGAAUGUCGGUUCUUCUAGAGCUAAGGGUCGAGCCUGGAUCAGAGUAGCACUUAUGGAAAAGCAUUUGUCUGAAUACAUUUCCACAGCUCUGAGAGACUUCAAAACAACCAGGAGAUUUUAUGAGGAUGGAGCAAUUGUUCUUGGUGAAGAAGCAAAUAUGCUUGCUGGCAUGCUGUUGGGACUCAAUGCAAUUGAUUUUAGUUUUUGCCUGAAGGGUGAGGGACUGGAUGGCAGCUUUCCAGCUGUCAUAGAUUAUACACCAUAUUUGAAGUUCACCCAAAGUUCUGACAGCAUCAGCAGUGAUGAAGAAGAGCUAAGAACGCUGGGCAGUAGUGGCAGUGAAGGCAGUACGCCAGAAAACAUUGGUCCUCCUUUCAUCACAGAUGAAAACAGUUGGUACAACAAAUGCAAAAGGGUAGAACAGAAGUACCGGCUUGCAUUGGAACAGAAGGGUUACCUUGAAGAAUUGGUACGACUCAGAGAAAACCAGCUAUCUGAAUCUGUCUCACAGAAUAAACUGCUGUUACAAAGAAUUGAAGAUAUGGACCUAGCCCAUAAAAUGGAGAAGGAACAGCUGGAAUAUAUAAUUGUGGAACUGCAAGACCAGUUGACUGUGCUAAAGAAUAAUGACUUGAGAUCAAGACAAGAAUUAACUACUCACCUCACCAAUCAGUGGCCUUCCCCAGGAGCUCUGGAUGUCAAUGCUGUUGCCUUGGACACUCUACUCUAUAGAAAGCACAAUCAACAAUGGGAUGAGAAAAGCUUUCAAAGUCUGGACCAGCUUUCAGCAGAAGUUAGUCUUUCUCAGUCCUCUCUGGACCCAGGUCACUCACAGGAUGGGAAGCAGGAUGGAAUGAACUUGUUAAAUGAAGGGAAGGAAGACACUCCAUCGUUGCUUGGUCUUUGUGGCUCUCUUACAUCAGUAGCAAGCUACAAAUCUCUCACAAGUCUGAAAUCAAGUGAAUAUCUUGCAAGUCCCACAACAGAGAUGACAAGUCCAGGCUUAACUCCAUCAUGAGAUACACACAAGAAGGAAGAGCUUUCUGUUGUAUGCAUUUGGUUUAUGUUCUGUAAAAUGACUUGCAAUGAAGACUGCUGGUUCUGAGUUAACAUAUAAGUUGCUUUAUUAUUUCUCUCCAUGAUUAUCUAUCUGUUUAAUUCACAAAUUCUGUCAGUUUUC